UGGAUUUAAGGCCCAGCCUUGGGGCUGAGGCACAGCAGUAUUUGCAGCAGUCACCAGAACUGAGCUCCACUGCGCUGCAGAGAUGCUGCCUGCCACCUUCAAGCUGUGUGCUGCCAUCUCCUACCAACACCUGCGCAACGUGACCGGGCUGCGCAGACAGGCUGCAGUGGCCAUCAGCCAGGAGCUCAGCAAGCUGUCGUGCCACAGCGCGGGGCCCAGCACGUGGAUCAGCCAGGUCCGCAGGCGAAGCUCUCUGCUCAGUUCCAGGCUGGAGGAGAAGCCCUUCAGCGAGAUGGAGAUGUCCUACAUCAAACAAGGAGAGGAAGCCCUGCAGAAAUCACUCAGCAUCCUCGGGGAUCAGGAGGGCUGGAAGACGGAGACGGUGGUGGACAACGGAGACAAAGUGCUGAGCAAAGUGCUGCCGGACGUGGGCAAGGUGUUCCGACUGGAGGUGGUGGUGGAUCAGCCCCUGGAUGCUGUGUACAGUGAGCUGGUGGACAACAUGGAGCAGAUGGGAGACUGGAAUCCCAGCGUCCAAGAGGUGAAGAUCCUCCAGAAGGUUGGGAAGGACACCCUGAUAACCCACGAGACAGCAGCUGCUGUACCUGGGAACAUCGUUGGGCCGCGGGAUUUUGUGAGUGUGAGGUGCUCCCGACGCCGAGGCUCCACCUGCGUGCUGGCAGGGAUGUCCACCAAGCACGGAGCCAUGCCCGAGCAGCAGGGAUUUAUCAGAGCUGAGAAUGGCCCCACAUGCAUGGUGCUGCGCCCGCUGGCUGGCAGUCCCUCGCAGACCAAGUUAACGUGGCUUCUUAGCAUUGACCUGAAGGGCUGGCUGCCAAAGACCAUCAUCAACCAGGUCCUGUCCCAGACCCAGGUGGACUUUGCCAAGCACCUCCGGCAGCGCAUGGCGCGGGCUGCUGAGUGCACAGGCUGCCACUGAGAGCUUCGUUCAGGGCUGACAGCUGGGAUCUCGACCCUAGAUAAGUCAGAUACAGCUCAAUUCUGGCCUGUGCUAACAAGACAGGCCUUUAAUAGUAGGCAGUAGUAAUAAAGCUUAACUAAUUAGCCAGGAGCCUGAUUCAGAAGGCAGCGCCAGCAGCAAGCGGAUGCCGUACCUGAAGGAGCACGUUGUUGCUGGGACCUCCCAGCUAAUUACUUGAAGCUUUAUUAGCCUGCAGUAAAAAGGACUUGGCUAAUUAGUUAUUAGGGAAGAGUCCCAGGAGCCUCGUUCAGAAGGCAGGGCCAGGCAGUGCUGCUCUGUGUGCAGAACACAGGGCUUAGCCUCAAAUGCAUUCCCCUCCUUUCCCCUAGCGAAGCAGCUCUAAGUUAUUUGAUGUGAUUUUGCACAGGAAGAUUUAUUUAUUCAAAGUUGUGCAAUGAUUGUCAUUAGCAGGAGUCCCUGGGAAACUCGUCAUUGCUUCCAUAGACAGCUUCAGAUUUAAAGUAGGUACUUUAAGGUUGCAGGUUAUGAAGGGGGAACUGUGAUACUUAACAAAAAGGACAAGACAAAAACGAUGGAAGAGUUUAAAAGAAGAGUUUAUGGUUCAACUGGCUGCCAGUUUAUGUAAAAAAAACAAAAGAAAAACAAAAAAUCCAGCUUGGGCAGAAGCCCAAAUUUCAGUCUUACAUGCAGUCGUCUCGUUACAACACAAUCCUGGAUGGGAACUGUUGAGAUUUAGCCAAGCACAGCUAAGCAGAAGUGGCAGAGUUGCUUCUGCAGGGAUGGAGACAGCAGGUGGGUCCAAGCACACAGCUGGUCCCACUGAACUGUUGUGAGUCAGAUGGGGAAAUGAUCUCAACACAGUCGUUGCUUCUUCAGCUUGCCACACUGUGAGCUCCUGGAGCCUCGCAGAGAUGCUCACAAACAGCACAAUACACACUAGGACAGCAUUGACUUGGACUCAGCACAGUGGCACUGCAUGAAUCUCCAGCAUGCAUGCACUGCACCUGCUGCCCAGAGCUGCGUUGGCUUCGUGUUUGUUCGUUAUGGGUUGUUCUGAGCUGCACGUUCCUCCAGAAUAAAAUCCACCUGGGUUGA